CCUUCUAUUCACAUUCAAAAUGGCGGCGCGAAUCGUCAUUGGCGAGACGGACACGGAGGUGGCAAGCACACUUUGUGAUUUUGUGGUUGACAAGGCCAACAAAGCCAUCAAAGAAAAUGGACAAUUCACUGUAGGGGUUUCUGGUGGAAGUUUGGCCAAAUUUUUAUGCAAAGGUUUGCCAAAAAAUACAACAGAUUGGUCCAAAUGGAGGAUAUUUUUUUGUGAUGAGAGGCAUGUGCCCUAUGACAAUCCGGAAUGUACCUAUCAGAUCUACCUGUCAGGAUUAGUCAGGAAAGUCAACAUGGCUGAAAGUAACAUCUUUCCUAUUAAUCCAGAUUUAACAGUUGAAGAAGCAGCUAACGACUAUUUGAAAAAGAUCCGGACUGUGUUCCCAGGGGACAGUAUUCCAAGGUUUGACAUGCUUUUGCUAGGAAUGGGUCCUGAUGGUCACACAUGUUCUUUGUUUCCUGGCCACCCUCUACUGCAGGAAUCAUCAAAAAUUGUUGUUCCAAUAAGCGACUCUCCUAAACCGCCACCUAGUCGUGUCACCAUGACGUACCCCAUCAUCAACAACUGUGCCUGCGCGGUAUUCGCAUCCUGUGGAGCAAGCAAGGCUGAAAUGGUCCAGAGAGUAUUGGAAGGUAAUGAGAAGAGCCCUCUUCCUGCUGCCCGUGUGCAACCAACCAACGGGGAACUUGUCUGGUUUCUGGAUAAAGCAGCAGCAGCCAAUCUCAAGGCUCAUUGACUAGUGAACCAACAACAAAGGCCUGCAACUCCGUCACACAAACUCUGAUAGUAUGACUAGCGAACAAACAACAAAGGCCUGCAACUCCGUCACACAAACUCUGAUAGUAUGACUAGUGAACCAACAACAAAGGCCUGCAACUCCGUCACACAAACUCUGAUAGUAUGACUAGUGAAUAAACAACAAAGGCCUGUAACUCCGUCACACAAACUCUGAUAGUAUGACUAGUGAACAAACAACAAGAGCCCAUUACACCACAUGCUCUGGUAAUACAUCAGGAUUGACCUUCAUUUUGACAGCAUAUAUACAGUAGCAUGAACGCAGCUGGCAACAAACAUAUUCUAUGGUGUGCCUUAGCGCUCCGUAAAGAAUAUUUUCGUUGCCAACUGCGUGCACACUACCGUAUGCGCCGUUAAAAUGAAGGUCAAUGCUUAUCCUUAUAUUUACAUCCAAAAAAUGUUAAAAUGCUACAAUACACAGAAAAAGCUGUCAAAAUGGGUUGCUGCAAUGAUAACUCGGUUGCUAGAAUAAUAUAUAGUUCCAGUGAAUCUAUAUCGACCUAUGAGUAAGUUUAGAAAAUCCACAGUGAUCAACACUAUUUUUCUUCCUUUAAAAACUUUUAACUUUGGAAACAAGUAGUGUGAGGAGCUUUUCAAACAUUUUUAUUCAUUUAUAACAAUUGUCAUGCGUGAUAUAUUUGUUUGCUAUUGAUAUAUUUUGACAUCAUUUACACAAACCUUUUGUUUCUAGUUUUCAUGUAUCAUUUUUUGAGUUUGUGAAUGUCUAUCUUUUAAAUUGUUUUUUGGCUCAAAUUGUCGAUGGGCCGUUAUACAAUACAAUAA